AUGCGAUCUGUAGAAACCACAGCCCAGCCCCACUCGUCUGACAGCUUUGCCUCACAUCCAAGCACUAGCCAUGUCAUGUCUCCCACUAGUCCUUCCGGAGAAACCCGCCACGGGCCGAGUAUUCCACUCCCCCUGUCGGCACUGCUUACCACCGAAGAGGAGCCGCAGCUUGCCAUGCGUCCAUUGCCGGCCAAUGAGGACGAUGUCGCCGCCUGUCUGCAAAUAUACCGAGAGGAGUUGGCUCCCCACUUCCCUUUUGUGAUCAUUCCUGAUAUCCCGGCGUCCGAUCUGUAUGCCAAGAGUCCAUUUCUAUGUAAAACUGUGGUGAUGGCAGCGUCCUAUAAACAGCGAUCGUUCCAGCAUCAUCUCGGGUCGCAAUUGACAGAGGAAUUGGGCCGGCGUCUGCUGGUGGAAGGGGAGAAGUCCUUCGAUGUACUUCAGGGGCUCCUGGUACAUAUUGCCUGGUACCAUGUUCAUUUCAACCAAAUUUCCCAGAUGACUAACCUGUUACAGCUGGCUAUUGCAAUGUUGGCUGAUCUGGGGCUGAACAGGCCAACCCAUGCUAACGACCGAAGGAAAUUCAUGUUUGAUAGUUCAAGGAUCAAUUAUGGAUUUUUGGUCGAGGCUCGGACCUUGAAAAACGAGGAAAGACGCGCGUUGCUUGGAUGUUUCUAUGUCUCCUCAGUGUGCGUCGUGCUCUUCUGGCCCAUGAUUGAUCCCAUGCUCACGCUAUUUAGGGUAUCCGCAAUCUUUCGACGAGUAAAUGCCCUUGAAUAUACAUCAUACCUCGAGAAAGAGCUUCAUACUCUUUUGGAUUCCCAUGAAUAUGAGAGUGAUCUCUUGCUCGCAGGGCUGGUCCAAGUGCAGCAAAUCGCCGAGAGGAUUGUGCAAGCAGUGCCCUACGAUGAGCCAGAUAACCCUCACGUCCUGCAUGCCCCUAUUAUCCUGCAUUUGAAAACAUUACAACGCGAGCUUGAAUCUCAGGCACAGUCGAUACCACCUGUAUUGAAACACAAUGGUUCGUUUCGAUGCAAUUGCGAGCGGAGCAUAUGCAAAAGAAGUGCUAACCACGUACUCGCAGUUGUGUUCAUCCUGAAUAAACACAAUGCCGAAGUUCUUCUUCACGAAUCUGGACUCUAUCAUUCCUUCUGGCAGACCCCUUCGUCCACCACCGAGCGUAUUAAUGUGCUGUGGCGGUGCCUGCGAAGUGUCAAGGCAUUUUGGGAUACCUUCUUGAGCAUUCCCGACCACAUGGUCUUCACCCUUCCCUACAGUGGCUGGGGACCGUCAACAUAUAUUAUACUGAUCUUCUCCCGACUGUUCACGCUGGAGUGUCCCGGGUGGGAUCCCCAAGUGGCCCGUGAAGCUCUGGACUUUCCCACGGUAGUCGACGCCAUCCUUGCCAAGAUGGAGUCGGCCACCAGAUACGCAAAAUCCCGCUGGCUGAUCGAGAACUACGAUGAACUCUGUGAGCGGGUCACUGAGAGGGUGAAAUUCAUCAAGCUUUCGGUGCUUCAGUCUCAGAGAUCUGCGAAACCGGACUCUGAUAACCCCGACGAACAGCUCUACAACAAUUUUGCUCCCCCGACAGUUCUGGCGGAUGAUUUCUGGGAGGGGUUAAUGAAAGAUUGCGAGCCAUUGCAGUUUUGA